AGGGGAAAAAAAAAGGAAAAGAAGAAAAAGAAAAGGAAAUUUGUCUUCGCCUUCUUCUUCUUCUCCUUUACCCUUGUCCUGCAUAAUAAAACUACUCCCUGUUCUUUCCAGGUUCCACCGUCCCCCUCCAUCCUUCUCACCGCCUUCCCCUCACGGACCAACAAACCCGACUCCUUCUUUGCCUCGCUUCUUGAAUUCUCGUAGGCUACUAUCGUCUACACCUCAGCACCAUUCAAGCCCGUUUUUUCAGGACACAUGGGGAAUAAGAAAAGAGUUUCCAGUUCUUUAGAUGAGGUAGACAAGGUACACAAACAAAUAGACAUAAGUAUUGAAAGUAGUGGUGGCUCAGAACCCUUCAAGAAGAGAUUGAAAAAGGAGAAAAAGAAUGAAGAAGCUAAAGGUGAGAAUGAUUUUGAUGUCCCCUCAACCUCACCUUCUAGUAAGCCCACUUCUGCAAAUCCGAUGGAGAGAAGAAAGCAAAGGAAAGCACUCGACAAAGUUAGGCAUCAUGUCGAGGUGGAAGCUGUUAAGACAAACCAAGUGGGCUUAGAUUUGAAAGAAAACCCGAGCAAAACAGAUGAGGAAGUAUCCUCACCUGGUACUAGUGGCGGUACUAGUGUUUUGCCUGAGUUCCAUAUUGGGGUAUUUAAGCACCUGGCAUCUGCUGAUGCUAGUGUUAGACAAGCAGCAGCAGAGACAAUGGUAAUGGAGCUGCAGGCUGUUCAAAAAGCAUAUGACAAGCUUGAGAACAAGGAGGGUGUAGAGGGUGGACUAAAGUUGGAAGCUGAUAAAGAUGAUGGAUUGAAUAGUUGUGCCCCCUCAGUGGGAUAUGCUGUCCGGAGGCUUAUUCGUGGUGUUUCAUCAUCUAGAGAGUGUGCAAGACAAGGAUUUGCUUUAGGUUUGACUGUUCUCGUUGGUGAGGUUCCUAAUAUUAGAGUUGAUUCACUAUUGAAGCUAAUUGUUGAUUUGUUGGAGGUCUCUUCUUCAAUGAAGGGUCAGGAAGCAAGGGACUGCCUCUUGGGUCGGUUGUUUGCUUAUGGAGCCCUUGCACGAUCAGGAAGAAUAACUGAGGACUUUUCGAACAAGAAUACUCCAUACAUCAAAGAAUUUACAAGUUCUCUCAUCUCUCUUGCAGCCAAAAAGCGGUACUUGCAGGAACCUGCAGUCUUAGUUAUGCUGGAAUUGGUUGAAAAGUUACCUGUCAAGGCCUUGUUAGAUCAAGUUCUUGAAGCUCCAGGACUUCAGGAAUGGUUUGAAGGUGCAACUGAAACUGGGAGUCCAGAUGCCUUGCUUCUGGCACUUAAAAUGCGUGAAAAGGUUGGCUUUGAUCAUGGAGUAUUUGUCAAAAUUUUGCCUUCUGAAUACAGCACCAGCAAGCUUUUCUCUGCUGACUAUCUCUCGUCAGUUGCAAAUUGCUUAAAGGAGUCAACAUUUUGCCAGCCUCGCGUUCAUAGUGUCUGGCCUGUUUUGGUAAAUAUUCUCUUACCUGAUAUUGUUUCACAAGAUAUGGAUUCUGCAUCAACCCUUAACUCAGCUAAGAAGCACAAAAAAGGUCGUAAGGGCAGCUCAGCUGAAGACGAUAUUGAGAAGAAUCUUCGGUGCUUUUGUGAAGUAAUUAUUGAAGGGUCACUGUUAACAUCGUCUCAUGACCGAAAACACUUGGCUUUUGAUAUUCUACUACUGCUUUUUCCAAAGCUUCCCUCUUCUUGUGUCCAAGCUGUGUUAUCUUACAAACUUAUUCAGUGCCUUGUGGAUAUUCUAUCUACAAAAGAUUCCUGGCUUUACAAAGUUGCUCAAUUUUUUUUGAAAGAAUUGUCGCGGUUGGUCAAGAAUGAUGAUGGCAAAAGAGUUGAAGUAAUUGUGGCCCUACAGAAGCAUAGCAAUGGGAAAUUCGAUUGCAUUACUCAGACAAAGACAGUUAAAGUUUUGAUGUCAGACUUUAAGUCUGAAUCAGGUUGCUUAUUGUUUGUUCAGGAAUUAGUUAACAUGUUUCUGGAUGAAGGACAUGCUUCAGAGGAACCGUCUGAUCAGAGUCAAACAACAGAUGACAACUCAGAGAUAGGUUCAAUUGAAGAUAAGGAUUCUGUUGGUUUAACAGGAACUUCGGACUUCUUGAAAAGUUGGAUUGUAGAUUCUCUCCCGUAUGUUUUGAAGCAUUUAGAGCUGGAUCCAGAAGCACGGUUCCGGGUGCAAAAGGAAAUUAUGAAGUUUCUGGCUGUUCAAGGGCUUUUCUGUUCAUCUCUUGGUACUGAAGUGACUUCUUUUGAGCUACAAGAAAAGUUUAGAUGGCCUAAAUCUGCAAUUUCAAGUGCUCUUUCAAGGAUGUGCAUUGAGCAGGUUGAGUUGCUGCUUGCGAAUGCUCAAAAAGGAGAGGGACCUCAUGCAGCUGUAGGAGGCCUUGAGUCAAACGAUCUUGGCUCUUAUUUUAUGCGGUUCCUCAGUACUUUGUGCAACAUCCCUUCAGUUUCGUUGUUUAGGGUUCUCAAUGAUGAUGAUGAAAAAACAUUUAAGAAACUGCAGGCUAUGGAAGCUCAGUUGUCAAGAGAGGAGAGGAACUGUGGGCUAAGCAUGGACGCCAACAAAUUACAUGCUUUGAGGUACUUACUCAUACAGUUGUUGCUUCAGAUUCUACUUCGACCUGGGGAAGUCCAUGAGGCUGCAAAUGAACUAAUCAUAUGCUGUAAGAGGGCUUUUGGCACUUCUGAUCUUCUUGACUCCUCUGGUGAAGAUGAACUAAAUGGGGAUGGUACACCUGAUAUAAUGGAUGUACUUGUGGAUACAAUGCUUUCACUGCUGCCACAGUCGUCAGCUCCUUUGCGCUCUGCUAUUGAGCAGGUUUUCAAAUAUUUCUGCAAUGAUGUCACAGAAGAUGGACUGAUGCGGAUGUUACGGGUGAUAAAGAAAGAUCUGAAACCAGCUAGACAUCAUGACACUGGCAUUGAAGAUGAAGAUGAUGAUGAGGAUGAUCUUCUUGAUAUUGAAGAAGCCGAGGAAUCAGAUGAAGCUGAGACAGGUGAAACAGCUGACAGCGAUGAGCAGACAGAUGAUUCUGAGGCAGUGUGCCAAGUUGAGGCAGCAGGCAACGAACUUCCUGAGAAUUCUGAUGAUUCGGAUGGCGGGAUGGAUGAUGAUGCAAUGUUCAGAAUGGAUACUUAUCUGGCACGUAUUUUUAAGGAACGAAAAAACCAAGCUGGAGGUGAAACAGCUCAGUCCCAGCUUGUACUAUUUAAACUCCGUGUUCUCUCUUUGCUGGAGAUUUACCUACAUGAGAAUCCAGGUAAGCCACAGGUGUUAAAAGUGUUAUCAAACCUGGCUCAGGCAUAUGUAAAUCCUCAUACUACAGAGGGUAGUGAGCAGCUUGGUCAGCGUAUCUGGGGAAUUUUGCAAAAGAAAAUAUUUAAAGCCAAGGAGUAUCCAAGGGGAGAGGCCGUGCAGCUCUCUGUACUUGAAUCUCUUUUAGAGAAAAACUUGAAGUUAGCAGCAAAACCAUUUAAGAAAAAGAAAUCAGGUUCCAGUACAUCGAGUAAGAAACACACAGCCUCAUGGAAUCGACACAAGAUGGUUACUGCACUUGCUCAAAAUUCAACAUUUUGGAUCCUUAAAGUUAUGGAUGCAAGAAAUUUCUGUGUGUCAGAAUUGCAAAGGGUUUUUGACAUUUUCAAGGGUAUGUUGGCAUCUUAUUUUGAUAGCAAAAAAUCCCAAAUUAAAUCUGAAUUUCUGAAAGAGAUAUUUAGAAGAAGACCAUGGAUUGGGCAUAAUCUGUUUAGCUUUCUGCUGGAGAAAUGUGGUACCGCAAAGUCACAGUUUCGGCGAGUUGAAGCUCUUGAUCUGAUAGCCGAGGUACUGAAAUCCCUUACUACUAACGCUGAUGACAGUAGCCAGCAUUCACUGGUGAAGAUUAUGAAGAGCAAUCUUCAGCAGUUAUGUAACCUGAUUAAGGUGUUGGUGACAAAUAUGCCAGAGAAGCAGUCAAGAAGGGCUGAUGUGCGGAAGUUCUGUAGCAAGGUCUUCCAGACUUUAACUAACCUAAACUUGACCACGUCAUUUCUUAAAGCAUUGGAAUCUGAUGCCCGUGCUGCUUGUGAAUCUCAACUUGGUGAUGUAUUUCUUGCUUUUGUGAAGCGGUGACAUGGGGGGUACUAGCGGUACGAGGUGGCGGUUCACUGCUUCUUGGUGGUUAUCUGGUCCUGCCUCACUGAUCACAGAGCUCUUUGUUAUCAUUAUUUGUCAUGUUAGCAGAGGAGAGAGCACGGUCGUUAUGGUCAUAAAAGGACCAGUCAAUUUUGGGAUAUUGCAGUUGUGUAUUUAAAUGGUUUUUCCUUUGUGGUCUUAAUUUUCAGGUUACUUACUGGAAUUGAAACGCGUAAUACUCUCUCCCAUCCUCCUCCUGUUUUAUAAACCUCUACCUCGUCAAUGAGCGGGUCGGUCUUGGUUCUCUGUAACUUGCAGUUUAACUUGAAUGCUGGGGACAAAGAUCAGUUAAAUUAAAUAGCAUGCAAAUUUGCACUUUUGAUUUGCUCGGAAUUCCCAUAUGAAAGGGCCGGGCCAG